AUGGGAGAGCGAGGGAUGGAGGAGGGAGAGAAGCUGAGGAGACUGAGGGAGAAGGCGAGCAGCGACGGGCUGAGGAUACCUGACAAGCAUCUCCUCAAGUUCCUGCGCUGGAAGUCUGAGGGGGAUCGAGCGUACGAGCGGCUGUCCGACUUCGUGAAGUGGAGGAAGGGGUGCGGGUGGAUGGACUCGCCCGACCCUCUCCUCCUCAGCAGGAGCGAGGUCAUCAGGAAGGUCGUCAUGAGCGGUGUUCUCGCAUGUCCAACAAACGUGAGGGGAAAGCAUGGAGAGAAGCUCAUCUUUGGUCGCUUCCGUUUCAACGACCUGAGCUCCUGGUCCCCCCAGGACCUCUGCAGGGCGAUCGUGUACCUUGUGGAGACGGCUCUGAUCUCAGAGGAGACGCAGGACAACGGCGUGCUUGUCCUGCAUGACCUCUCGGGGAUAGGACAGAACAAUAUCUCCAUCCAAGUGCCGAAACUACUCCUCCCCAUCCUCCUGGGUAAAUACCCGGUCAAGGUGAAAGGGAUAUACAUCUACAAUGCUCCAUGGUGGUUCCAAGGGCCCUUGCAAGUCGUCAAGCUCCUGAUGCCAUCCAAGAUCCGGUCAAGACUGCACACGAUAUCCAACCUCUCAGAGGUGCACGAGGCCAUCGACCCUGCUGCUCUUCUGGUAGAGCAUGGGGGGACGACUGACUAUAAGCCGGAGGAGUGGGUCAAGUCUCAGAUGGACUUCGAGGCUGGAGGAGGAGACGAUGACUACAUGGUCAGGUGCCUGCAGACUUGA